AUGAAACUAACUGUGGUCUGCUUAGUGGUGAGCUUCUUCCUGCUCCAAUAUGUCGAACACAGUGAUGCCUGCUUGGAGGUAAUUGAGAAAGCUUUGGGUCUCGAGCCGUGCAAUGAAGGCGGUCACAACAAGGGUCAUAAGGAGCCUCGUAGGGGUGGUGCACGACUAGGACCAGGACCUGUGAGAAACACUAGGAGGCACAAGGUAGUUACUAGGAGAUGUGAGAAUCCUAGACCAGAACAGCACCAUACCAGACGCUGGAAGAAUCACCCAAGAACACGGAAGCCUAGGAAGACUCGUCCACCUUGUGAAGAACACACUACUCGAAGGAACAAUCCACCUUGUACUUGUACAGAAACCACUAAAAAACCUAAUCCACCUAGUACUCAGAAGACUCGUCCACCUUGCGGUUGUACAGAAAGCACCACUCGAAAACCCAAUCCACCUAGUACUCAAAAGACUCGUCCACCUUGCGGUUGUACGGAAAGCACCACUCGAAAACCCAAUCCACCUAGUACCCAGAAGACUCGUCCACCUUGCGGUUGUACAGAAAGCACCACUCGAAAGCCGAAUCCACCUAGUACUCAAAAGACUCGUCCACCUUGCGGUUGUACAGAAAGCACCACUCGAAAGCCGAAUCCACCUAGUACCCAGAAGACUCGUCCACCUUGCGGUUGUACAGAAAGCACCACUCGAAAACCUAAUCCACCUAGUACUCGUCCUCCUCCAGUGACAACAGCUUCGACCACCACCCGAAAGCCAUGUGGAUGUGGUGAAAAUCACCCACCUGGAUGGAAUCCUGGCGGUCCUAUAAUCCCAAUAGUCUCAACGACCACCACCCGAAAGCCGUGUGGAUGUGGUGAAAAUCACCCACCUGGAUGGAAUCCUGGCGGUCCUAUAAUCCCAAUCGUCUCAACGACCACCACCCGAAAGCCAUGUGGAUGUGGAUCGCCAGAACCUUCAGGCUGGAAUCCCGGCGGUCCGAUUAGGACACCACCUCCAACUCCUCGAAAGCCCUGCGGAUGUGCAUCGUGGAAUCCACCAGGUUGGAAUCUCGACGGUCCUUGGAUACCCACAUAUUCCGGAUCUUUCGGUCCCGGACCGAUCAUUCCGAACAAUGGAGAAAAGGGAUUUGAUCCAGAUUGCCCGCAAGGCUGGAGUGCCGACGGUCCUACAAUACCCGUUCCCGAAAUUCCCGGAAAUUUUGGACCCGGACCUGUCAUUACCGCCAGUGAAAACUCAUGUGGAUGUGGCUGCUCCGCUUGA